GUCAGAUGUUGUCAAAAAAAGAUCAACCCCCCUCCCCAGAGGAUCACCGUAAAGGUGCCAGCGCCUUGCUAAUGGUCGCUGAACGAGAAUACAACCACCCCGCUUAUCACUCUCAGAACUCGAACGGCGAGGCUGGUCGACACAUCGAGAAUAAUCGCUCGUGGUACAACAACCGUAGAGAUAGACCUAUCAAUUCAAAUACCAAAGGUAAUCAUUCUACGAGCAUGCUUCAAAAGGAAUCACGGGCGGUCUCGUAUACUUCCGUGAGCAGUCUCUCUGGUAUGAACAUGGACAACCUUCAUGUACACUCCGAAGAAUCACGCCAAGACAAAGGUAACCAUGGUCAAGGCUUUGCGACCGAUAUACAGUUUCCCAGUCCAAACACUACGAAGCAGCAGCGAUCACGCACAAGCUUCUCACCGGCACAGCUACAGAUACUUAACGCUGAGCUGGAGCAAAACGACCAGCCCAGCUCAGAGAAACGGCUAGAGCUACAGAUGAAACUCAAACUGCCCGAGAAAACCAUACGUUACUGGUUUCAGAACAAGCGGCAAAAGAAACGUGACGAGCUCAAGCGCGAGCAGGCUGAGACAGACGUGCACAGCAAGAAAGCCGGCAACAGCAAGUAUGUUGGUGUGAGUGCGAAUAAAACACGUGCUUCUCCCGUAUUGAAGGCAAGUGAGGGGCCUAGCAGAGGGCCUUCGCCUACGUAUCAACAACGCCCAGCGAGUGCGCAGGAGCGUCCGAGCAUACACGGUCAGAUGGAAAUGAGUAGUAAUACUAUUCCACAGGUGCAGUAUUCACGCAGACAGCCAUCUGUGCUCAGUUCACCACAGCCCUACCACCCAUACAAGUCUAUUCGAAGAAGUGCCUCCAACGAUAGCCAAAAAUUCGAUAUUACUGUCGCGGCGUUGGCUGAACUACAGCACGUUCUACCGGGACACUUUCGUUGUGAAACACCCGAAGCUGCAAUGGAGAGUGCUGCUACGUACAUCAAAAGUUUGCAACGCGAUACAAUAGCUCCGCGCUUCAACGACAGCCACUACCUGAGCGCAGGUAAUAGUUACAAUGAGCGAUACGGAAAUCGCAUAUCCCCACGGUACGGUAACAGAGGCCCAUACGAGGUAACCCCCCAUUACCAAGGACUUCCACCACCACCUCAUGCAGGAAUUGGUAUGUAUGAACAACCACAUGCGUAUGCACAUUCACGCUCCCACUCGAGCAUGAGCAUGCACACAGACCAAUUGAGGACACGACGCAACAGUGAGAGACUGCAACAGCUGGCGUACAAUCCUGAUCAUCCUAUGGUACGCUCGCCCCAGCCACGCUUGCGACACUCUUACACAAGAGAGUCCUCCAGAGACUAUGGCCCGCCAUCGGCGUCGUUCUCACGAAGCCGCACGAAUGAGGAAACAGAACUCGAGCACGCACACACCAAAGGCGCGCACAACACCAACCAAAACACCACCCACGACUCCAUGGAUAGCCGAGGUACGUGCGAAACACGUGACUCCCGUCUUCACGAGCACGAUGGGCGUGAAAAGGAACUUAGGCGCCUCGCACGUACACAAUCGCAGUGUGGCAACGAUGACACGGAUGCAAGCCACGACGAGAACGAGCGACCCAUCAAGUGGUGAUCAUUGGUCGGCGUUGUAGGAGGAAUGUGAAAUGCGAGACACUGUGUGACCAUCACCAGUCAAAUCGCGUACUGAGUACCGUGAGAGAAGCAUUUUAGAACAGUGGGUAUGGGUUGUAUGCUUCGGGACGUUAAACACUGCUUCAAAAUGAAGCGUGUUUGGAAACUUUAUCACACCCACUGGUGUAUGUACAGAGCAUACAAACGCACACGUUCGAGUAAAAAAAAGUCAGUGUAAAUGCACUGAUAUGGUCAUAAUCGAGUGCGCCUGAGGCCCGCUUCGCAGCGACUCGAUACACCAGGAAAGCAGAUGGGUUAAGAAGCAAAGUUUCUGAGCUAUAGGGUGUCAAAAUACCGACAUUAUUGUUGGUGGCGGUAAGCAAUACUUUUCAAAGACUUAAACGCCUUGAGGGUUGGAAAGAAAAAUAUUCCAACACGCAUCUAUAGAUGCGAGAUGUGAGUAAACAAAUGGCCGCUCACAGUACAAAAUAAUAUAAACGUCGCUGGUUGACGUUUAUAGAAAGCGCUAAUAAAAGAACUCAGC